AUGCCUCAAAAAGAAGUCUGCCCACGCGGCUACCAACAGGUCUCCUCCACUGAACAGCACGAUGCCUCGGUGCAUCUGAGGAGUAGCGCAAGCAGCAAGACUCAAUUCGACUUCUCCUUCGAGACGGUGCGCCAAAACCUGUUCCGGGUGACUUUCGCCUCCCCCGAUCACCCUAUCGCUCCCUACCCUAGCGUGCAAAAGCCCGAGACCAACCUCAAGAACGUCAAUGUUUCCGUCAAGAGUGAUGUCUCCUCUAAAACGAUCGAGAUUGCCGGUGUCACCGCACGGGUGGAGUGGGAGCACACCCCCGUGGUCUCCCUCUCGUGGACCGGUUCCGAGAAGCCCUUGCACCGCGACCUGCCUCUGCGCUCCUAUGUUGCCGACUCGACUGGUGUUGCGAGCUACUCCGUGCAUGACCGAACAGCUCUUCAUGUUGGCCUGGGAGAGAAGAGUGCCCCGAUGGACCUUAGUGGCCGGACUUUCCAACUCUCUGCGACCGAUUGCUUCGGAUACGACGUCUAUAACACAGACCCUCUCUACAAGCACAUUCCUCUGUUAGUCAAGGCUACUCCUGAAGGCUGCGUUGCCCUCUUCUCGACUACACAUGGCCGGGGCUCUUGGUCUGUCGGUGCCGAGAUUGACGGUCUCUGGGGACACUUCAAGGUCUACCGCCAGGACUAUGGUGGUCUCGAGCAGUACAUGAUGGUUGGAAAAAACAUCCAGGAAAUUGUCCACUCAUAUGCUGAGCUGGUUGGCUUCCCGCUGCGAGUCCCCCGAUGGGCCUACGGUUAUAUUUCCGGUGGUUACAAGUACACCAUGUUGGAUGAUCCCCCGGCGCAUCUGGCCCUGUUGGACUUUGCGGAGAAGCUGAAGGAGCAUGGUAUUCCCUGCUCUGCUCACCAAAUGAGCUCCGGCUAUUCAAUUGCCCAGGUUGAGCCCAAGGUGCGCAAUGUCUUCACAUGGAACAACAGCCGCUUCCCUGAUCCGGAAGACUGGAUCAAGAAGAUGCACAAGCACGGUAUUCGUUUGAUUACCAACAUCAAGCCUUUCCUGCUAGCUUCUCAUCCUGAUUUCCAGAAGUUGAUUGACAGCAACGGCUUCUUCAAGGAUCCGGAGACAAAUGAGCCUGGAUAUAUGCAACUGUGGAGUGCAGGCGGUGCCACUGGCGGAGAAGGCUGCCACAUCGAUUUCACUUCUAAGGAGGCCUUCGAUUGGUGGUACAAGGGCUGCCAAUCCCUAAAGGCCGUGGGUAUUGAUGGCAUGUGGAACGAUAACAAUGAGUACACUCUUCCCAACGAUGACUGGAAGCUGUGCCUGGAUGAUGCUAUGGUCUCCGCGGAUGCGAAGAAGGCUACGGACAACUCCGUCGGAUCUUGGGGUCGUGCCAUGCACACUGAGCUGAUGGGCAAGUCUUCCCAUGACGCUCUUCUGGACAUGGAGCCCAAAAACCGUCCUUUCGUUCUCACUCGCAGUGCGACUGCUGGAACUAUGCGCUACUCUGCCAGCACCUGGAGUGGAGACAAUGUUACUAGCUGGGAGAGCAUGAAGGGCGCCAAUGCCCUUUCUCUCAACGCCGGUAUGUCUCUUCUGCAGUGCGAGGGUCAUGACAUUGGUGGUUUCGAAGGACCCCAGCCGUCCCCUGAGCUGCUCCUCCGUUGGAUCCAGCUGGGCUGUGUCUCCGCUCGCUUCGCAAUCAACUGCUUCAAAACUUCCCCCGACAACAACGAGGUCGGCGAGGUCAUCGAGCCCUUCAUGUACCCCGAGAUCACACCUCUUGUCCGUGACACCAUCAAGCGCCGCUACGAGAUGCUGCCAUACAUCUACUCCAUGGGUCUGGAGAGCCAUAUGAGCGCCACUCCUCCCCAGCGGUGGAUUGGGUGGGGCUACGAGUCCGACCCUGAGGUGUGGACUAAGGUCCUGAAGGCUGGCGAUGAGCAAUUCUGGUUCGGUGAUUCCAUCCUAGUCGGUGGUGUUUACAAGGCCGGUGUAACUGUGGCAAACGUCUAUCUCCCCCGUAAGACUAGCGAUCAGUUUGAUUACGGAUACGUGAACAUGAACGCGCCAUAUAACUACCUCGCCUCCGGCCAGUGGGCCGAAAUCACCUCCGAGUGGCGCGAGAGCAUUCCUCUCAUCGCCAAGGUCGGUGGUGCCAUCCCCGUCGGCAAGAAUGUGCACACCCGCGUGCCUGGCGAUGAUACCGAUGCCUCGCAGGGCGUUGAGGAGCUUGAUGAUUACCGUGGUGUCGAGGUCUUCCCUCCUCAGGGUACAUCGCAUGGCAACGUCUUUUCGAAUACCUGGUACGAAGACGAUGGUAUCUCCCAGAAGCCUGCCACCUCUAGCUACACUCUUAUCUAUAGCUCUACUGAUGAGAAAGUCCUCAUUGACUUCACUCGGGAUGAGAAGAGUGGUUUCAAGCCUGCUUGGAAGGAACUUGAUAUCAUUCUGCACAAUGGUGAUGAGCGCCGUGUUUUCAGCAACUCGGGCCAGGAGGUUGUUGCUAAGGGUGUUGACUCUCGCGGUCGUAGUGUGUACACUUUGAAGGCUUGA